CUGUUUAUUUCAGAAGAAUGUAAGGAUAACAUUCCCGGCUGUCCAGCACACAAAGAUCUGUGUUCAGAGAAGGAAUGCCCAAAAACAUGUGGUUUCUGCGGCGGUCCAGAAGAAUGUGAAGAUAAAGACUCAGAAUGCCCUAAAAGGUUGAUGGAAGAAAACUGUCCGCGAACUUGCGGACUCUCAGAAAAAUAA